GCUAGAAAUGUCCGUCGCAGUAGCCUACGUUAGAUUGCAAGCGGUCUGACCGGUACUGCAAGGCCUGUCUUACAAUAGGCCUUCUACAGGUUUGACGUUUUGAGUUUGACCUGUUCCGUGUAAAAGGACCUGUUCCUUGUAAAAAGUUGGCUAGGCUUUACCAUAGCUAUCAUAUCAGCGUUCUUCGUAUACUGGUAGCAGACGCCAGUAAGACUCUUAACCCAUGCGCUGAUUGCAAAACAACGAAAAAUGCACGGUGGUAGCUUCAGAAGGAGAGGCCGCUUAAGCUGACGGCUUGAAUGCGCCUCAGCUCGAUAGCACUUUACAAUGGGCAGCUGCCUUUCCUCAGAGAGCGGCAGCCCACCUGCUCCAAAUCAAGGCAAUGCUAUUGGACAGUUGUAUGCACGAGGAGGUGCCGAACUCGCUCAGCGGAGUUCCGCGGAAUGUGCAAGCGGGGCGUCGACUGACCCUUUGCCUACUCCUGCUCCUCCUCCCGAAGAAGCGAAGGAUGUUAGCGCGCCUGUAUCCUUACAACCUAGCAAUAGCGUGAAGCCCAGCACGCAGCCGCUGCCUCCUCCCCAGCUGUCGAUCAACGUGCAGUACACAAGCUCGGAAAUCGUUCCAGCAAGCCCAACCAGCGGUGAACGACCUCGUCAUGCCUUUGGGGCGCCCGACAGCUGUAUAACAGUGUACGCAGAACCCCUCAAAGCUGACGCGGUCGCGGGCGGAAGGGUGGCUUCGAUACCCCAUGAGGCGAACAUUCCCUCCGCUUCCGUCACGCCCGCCGGCAACGCCCUGUUGUACCUAAAUCGCGCCAUGAUCUACCGCAACCGAGCGGAAGCAGGCGGCGUCCUGCCGCCGCUGGCGCCACCUCCCUUCUCGCCCGCCUCCGCCUCCAGCACCGAACCACCACCAGCAUCAUCCUUAAACACCCACGGAAACGGUAACGACCUGAAGGACCGGCUGUUGCGAGAGAAAUCAGCACCCGCGGCGCCCUCACCAAGGCCGCCAUCCGUGUCGCCGGUCGCCGUUACCUCAGCCGCAGCCACCACGGGGCUACCCCGGGUGGUCUCCAUGGGCUGUGUAGGGGACGGUAGCUCCCACCACCCAUGCAGCACGAGCAGCCUGGGACCGGACGCCACGGGCGACUCGGGGCUGUUUGACAGCCCAGGCGCUUUCAUGGCAGCCGCUGGCCCAUUCAGCGGCGGCCUAUCCACCACAACCAACAGUACGGCUGCGGUUACCGUUGGUCCAACGAACACCAGCACGGCGACUGGACUAACCACCAGCAACUACACAACCCACAUCACCAGCAACCUCCUGAACUCCGCUGCGGCUGCUGUCGCCGCCGCAGCAGCAGCCGGGAUAUCGAGAGGAGCUGCCAGGACCAUGCCCGACGGCUUGACGCCCCAACCCCAACCGCCGCCGACAAUGGCAACAGCGUUAGUUGUUGCGAGCGGCGCCGCCCCCGCAGCAACCGGAGGGGGCACGGGCUCCGCAGGCAAUAGCGGUGGAGGGAACAGCGGUGGUGGGCUGGGACUGGGUGGCGGCGGUCCGUUGCUUGGGCAGGGGCUGGAGGCGACGCUUGGGGAGAUGCAGCAGAUGGCGCUGAUUGGCAGCGGCGGGGGCGGCUGCGUGUACAUCGGGCGCUGGCGGGGGGUCACGGUGGCCAUCAAGUGCAUCGUGAGCAGCACCGACGACCAGCUUGUUCGCAGCCAGCGUGAGGCGCUGCUGAGCCGCCUGGCCAGCCACCCGCAUGUGGUGCAGACGUACGCCACCAGCGUGACGCAGCUGACGGAGGCGAUGUUCAAGGCCAGCACCAACAGCGACCCGCAAGGCGGGUUCGCCGCCACCGACCCAAACAUUUCGCAUGACAUCCUCGCCGGCAUUACCUCUGGAUCCUGGAUCCGAGGCGAGCUGCAAGCCGCGCUGCAAAGCGGUGUGGGACAGCCUCCUCAAACCGGGGUUCCUGCUGCUGCGGCUGCUGCUGGUGCCGCUUUCGGGUCCUCUGGACCGGUCAUGGCGGCUGUUGCUGGUGGCGAUGUUGGUGGUUGUGGUAUUAGUAAUCUCCCUGCCAUUGGGUUUGGCGCGGCGGCCGCCGUUGCCGUCAUGCAGAGUGCUGGCGGCGGCGGUGCUGGGGGUGGGUUUGGGGCCGGCCAUGUUGCCGCUUCUGCUUCUGGUGGGGGUUGUGGGAACGGUUGUUGUGGGGGCCCCGGGGUUGCUCAUGCCGGUGGGGGCGGAGGUGGAUGUGGAGGAGCUGCGCCCGCCCUUCCCACCAUCAUGGAGAGCUUCGCGCGGUCGCAUCCGUCCAUGUCAGGGUGCUCCCGGUCCGGUUCGACACGGGGAGGAGGAGGAGCAGCUGGAGGACUAGGCAUAAGCGCCUUGGGCGAUAGCUACCUCCCCUUGACUAUCAGUGCCUAUGAGAGCGACCUCUCGCGUUCGGAGGAUGAAGCGCGACGAGGCAGCGACGCCGCCGCCGCAGUAGCAGUGGCGGCAACGGCGGUGGCCGCUAAUGGCGGAGUGGGCGGCUGCGUCGGGGGAGGCGGAGGCGCUGGGGUUGGUGUUGGUGGUAGCUGUGGUUGUUGCUGUGGCGGGGGAGAGUGCUGCUGCUGCCAUGCUGGAAGUGUUGGAGGGGGAGCAGGGGCCGCGUCGUCAAGCCGCGAGGACGAGGAUGCGGGAUCUGGGUGCGGCUUAGGGCGAGGCGAGUCGGGAGUGACGGCGGGGUCGCAUGGGGCCGGGGCUUGCGGCGGCGUUUGCCGGUGCGAGGGGGCGGGAGGGGGAGGAUCGAGAGGGGCAUGCGGGCGGGUUGGUGGUGGUGCUGCUGCUGCUGCUGGGACGGGGGCAACGGCAGCAGCAACGGUGGGAGCUGAAGCAGGUGGAGCUGCUAGUGGUGGCGGUGCCGCUGCAUGCGGUGCCUCUGCAUGUUGCGGUGGUGGUGCUGCCGGUUUGGUCGGGGGAGCUGUGCAUCCGUCACGGGGUCCCGGAGUGGGGGCGCAUCCAGGCGGCGCGGCGGAUAGCUUUGAUGCGUCCUUUGUGCGAGACCACUUGGGUCGCACCAAGUACUCCACCCACGAGGUGCUGCGGCAGCUGGGGGCGCUGGAGGGGCAGUUCCUGACCAUGGUGGUCAUGGAGUACUGCGACGGGGGCAGCCUGCUGGCGGCACUCAAGGAGGGUCCCUUCAACCGCGACACCACCUCCUGGAGUCCCCGCAUGCUGCUGCGAUCCACCGUGCGUACGGCACUGGAGGUCGCUCACGGCAUGCAGCACCUGCACCUGUCGGGGCUGGUGCAUGGGGACCUCAAGCCGGGCAAUGUGCUGCUAAAGGGUUCCAACCAAGACAAGCGGAAGUUCGUUGCCAAGGUCAGCGACCUAGGUACGGCACACCCCGUGGGAACCGGAGACGAGAUGGCCAUUGACGACGGCCAAAUCGGAUCCAUCGCCUACAUGGCUCCCGAGGUGUUCCGGGGUCGCGUCAUGAAGGCCUCCGACGUGUACUCCUUUGGGGUGCUGCUGUGGCAGCUCACCUCGGGGACAGGUGCUGCCCCCUACGAGGGCGCGCAUCCCAUGGCCAUUGCCCUCGGCGUCUCCGAAGGAAAGCUCUCCCUGCGCUGGCCGUCCGGCGUCUUCCGCCCCCUGCAGCAGCUAGGCGAGCUCUGCACGCAGCCCGAUCCCGCUGCUCGCCCCUCCUUCAAGUCCGUGGUGGGAGCACUCGAAAAGUUGGAGCGCCACAUGCAACGCCUGGCGACGACGGGCGGCGGGAGUUCCGGAGCCAUCGCAGCGGGUGCGGCGGGGAUGAGUGGCGGCGGCGGGAGCGGCAGCAUGGGAUUUGGGUCGCCGCCGUCUUCGACGAUGUAUGUGGGUGGGG